CCGAUUUUUAGUUUGGGAUGCAAAGGAUGUUAACUUUUAUUUGGAAUUAAUUGUGAACACAAAUAGGAAGGAUAUAUAUCUAUAUAUAACGACAACAACAGCAACAACGUUUUCAUGAAAAUGCCAAUGAAAAGGAUUUCCGAGUCUUCAGAUGGCGAGGACUCAUUUAAUCAUCUUCAACCUCCGCAGAAGGUUUCUUCAUCAAUCCAAGAUGAGCCAUACAUGACGCUACUUGGCUGUACGAGUUCGACAGUUUCUGACCCUGAUGAAAACGAACACAAUGUUGGAAUUAAGACGAAUUCAGCGUCCAAACUUGAAGAAGAUGAAGAUUAUUUAGGCGUUAAAUCAGAAGUAGAACAUGGCAAUGAGACGCCUUCCUCCGAAGAAGAGGAUUUAGAUACACGAGAAAGCGACAAGGAUGAUUUUCUUUGCAAGCAGCCUCUUAAGAAGAAAAGUAUUACGCAGAUCAUAAAGGACAAAAAAAAGCAAACUCAUCUCACUCUACAAUGGCUAGAAGAAAACUACAUAGUCUGUGAAGGCGUUUGCUUACCCAGGUGUAUCCUCUACACUCAUUACUUGGAUUUCUGUAGUAAAGAGAACCUGGAACCUGCGUGUGCUGCAACCUUUGGGAAGACUAUACGCCAGAAGUUUCCUCUUCUUACUACAAGAAGGCUUGGAACAAGGGGCCAUUCAAAAUACCACUAUUAUGGGAUAGGCAUUAAAGAAAGCAGUGCAUAUUACCACUCUGUGUACUCAGGAAAAGGCUUGACAAGGUUUUCUGGAAGCAAGCUCAAAAAUGAGGGAGGGUUCACACGGAAAUAUUCUCUUAGUUCAAAAACUGGAACUCUGCUCCCUGAUUUCCCAAGUGCCCAACAUCUAGUACUUCAGGGAUCCAUUUCUAAAGACAAGGUGGAUACACUUAUCAUGAUGUACAAAACUCACUGUCAGUGCAUCUUGGACAAUGCAAUCAAUGGAAACUUUGAAGAGAUAGAGAAUUUCCUACUGCAUUUCUGGCAGGGAAUGCCAGACCACCUGUUACCUCUGCUGGACAAUCCCAUUAUUAUUGACAUUUUCUGCGCGUGUGACUCCAUACUGUAUAAGGUGCUGACUGAUGUUCUGAUCCCUGCCACAAUGCAAGAAAUGCCUGAAAGUUUGCUUGCAGAAAUCAGAAAUUUUGCAAAACAUUGGGAACACUGGAUAGUUUCAUCUCUGGAAAAUCUGCCUGAUGUCCUUUCUGAGAAAAAACUUCCCAUUGCACGAAGAUUUGUGUCUUCACUGAAGCGGCAAACGUCAUUUUUACAUCUUGCCCAGAUUGCUAGGCCUGCCUUGUUUGACCAGAAUAUAGUCAACUCAAUGGUGUGUGACAUUGAAAAAGUGGAUUUAAACAGCAUUGGUUCUCAGGCUCUCCUCACUAUGUCAGGCUGCACAGACCACCAGGACUCUGAACUCUACUCAGAAUAUGACUCUGUUACAGUGUUUCAAGAGCUAAAGGACCUUCUCAAGAAAAACGCAACCGUGGAAUCUUUCAUUGAUUGGUUGGAUACUGUGGUGGAGCAAAGAGUCAUCAAGCCAAGUAAGCAAAAUGGGAGAUCUUUGAAAAAGAGAGCCCAAGAUUUCCUUUUAAAAUGGAGCUUUUUUGGGGCACGAGUGAUGCACAACCUGACACUUAACAAUGCAACCAGUUUUGGUUCCUUUCACCUGAUCAGAAUGCUGCUGGAUGAGUAUAUUCUUUUGGCCAUAGAGACCCAGUUCAACAAUGACAAAGAGCAGGAUCUUCAGAAUUUAUUAGACAAGUGUAUGAAAAACGCAGAUGCCAGUAAAGCUGCCUUCACAGCAUCCCCAAGCUCCUGCUUUCUUGCCAACCGGAAUAAAUCCAGCGCACUUUCCAGCGACUCUUCAGCUAAAAAUGAAUCUGAGCACACGUAUAUCUCUCUAAACCAGCACAGCAUGAGCGCUAACAUGGCUACAUUCCCAGGGGGGGAUGCAGACAACCUCCACAUCACAGGGCAAAUGGAACUUUCUCACAAUAAUGGUCCACUAAUGACACCACCCAUUUCACCAUCGCUGGUGAACAGAGGAAGUGUGAUAAAUCAAGGUCCGAUGACUGUGAGAUCCCAGAGUGGCUGCCCAGCACUACCGUCGCAUGGCGGCUGUGCAACAUUCUCAGAUCCAUUGUACCAGACACUGUCACAGACAAAUCAGAACUAUUACAGUGCUGGCUCUAACUAUCAAGCCAUCUUUAGGUCCCAGACGCACCUCCCUCCAUCAGUUUAUCAUCACAGAGCCGACUCCAGCCAUUUUCCUUCCUUUAGUGAACAGCAGCUGUCUAAAGACUAUUUCAGCAGCAGCUGUGCAGUAUCCCCAUACAGUGCCAGGCCCAACAGCGCAGAAGCGCAAAGCAUGCAACUUGUUAACUCCAGCAACUUUCAUUUUGUUGGGAACUCAUUGAGUGGGAGCUGUCAAGGGGCACCCUAUACAGCUGCUGGACAGAACGGGUACUAUGGGAACAGCAGCUACCCUGAUUCUCAGAGACUUGGCUCAAUGAUUGAUCAACACGUUUCAGUUAUUAGCAGCGUUAGUACUGUAUGUUCAGUACCUGCAUUUAGUGACAUCCACGACCCAUUGAACAUUUUAGAUGAUAAUGGAAGGAAGCCUUCAGGUGCUUUUUACACAGAUUCUUCACCUCUAGUUUGCCGAACCCCUGUAGCACCAACUAUACCAAGUGCCAUUUCCUCCUCACCCUCCUCCCAGUGUAUGUAUGGAUCUUCCACUCAGUACCAUUCCCAGGAUGUAAUGGACCCACACAGGCAGCCUAGUGAAGUGCCCACUCUCCCCCCAAUCAACACUGUCUUCAUGGGGGCUGCAGCAGGAGGAACAUAGCAAUGGAGAUAUAUAUAUAUAUAUAUAUAUAUAUUAUGCCAGUAGGACUGUUCUCUGCCUGCCUAACAAAAAGGUUAUUCCUUUGUCAGUGCCCUCUUAAGCCCUGUCUCUGAAUGCUGCAAAGUCAGGGGUCGUCAGUUACCUCUUUUAUUUGUUUCAUUAAUAGGAUAAAUAAGCAAAGCAUGUGUUCUCGAAAGUUACUUUAACUGGAUGACGUGUACAGAGAAUGAUUACUCGUUAUGACCAUGCAGGGAAUUAGCACAGCACCUUUCAAAGUGCCUCUCAAAAGAAAAGCAGUGGACAAACACAAAGUGACUUUUAGACAUGCUGCUACACAGACACAAUGUUAUAAUGUGUUACACAAUUAUGGCACAAUGCAAUUUUGUAUUUUUUAUAAGGUGUGGUGGUACCUGUUUGUUAUGAA